UUGAUGUUGGUGGCGGUGAGGAUGCCAUCUGCCACCGCAGGCGGAUGGCCACGCCCCAACUACGCAGACGCACUCACCAAGUGCUUGCUGUUCUACGAAGGGCAGCGAUCCGGAAAGCUUCCACCCACGCAAAGGCUCGCCUGGAGAAAGGACUCAGCUUUAACCGAUGGUCAAGAGGCUGGUGUUGAUCUGGUGGGCGGGUACUACGACGCCGGCGACAACGUGAAGUUUGGCUUACCCAUGGCGUUUACAGGCACCAUGUUGGCUUGGAGCAUCAUCGAGUUCUCGGCGGAGUUGGGACGGGAGUUGGUACACGCUCAUGAGGCCUUGCGAUGGCUUACGGACUACUUGCUGAAAGCCACCGCCCAACCCAACAGGAUCUUCGUCCAAGUAGGCGACCCUGACAGCGACCACAACUGCUGGGAGAGGCCCGAUGACAUGGACACCCCUCGGCCGGUCUACCAAGUUAACCGAACCCACCCGGGCUCCGAGGUCGCCGGCGAGACCGCCGCUGCACUGGCGGCCGCCUCCAUCGUUUUCAGAUCAUCCGAUCCUGCCUAUGCCGCCACCCUUCUGUCAAGAGCACAGGCGGUCUACGAUUUCGGUAACACAUACCAGGGUUCGUACAAUAGCCUUGGCAAUGCGGUGUGCCCCUUCUACUGCGAUUACAAUGGCUAUCAGGAUGAGCUGGUGUGGGGAGCAGCAUGGCUGAACAGAGCUACCAUUAGCACACUGUAUCAGAGCCAUAUCAUCCAUGGCAUUAAGCAGAUGGAGCUCGAGGAAAAUGUCUCCGACUUGGAAUUCGGAUGGGAUGCUAAGAAUGCCGGAAACUACCUGCUUCUCUUCCUUCAGCAUAAGACUGAUAGUGAGUACGGUAGACCGGUCGAGGAGUUUGCAUGUGCAAUGAUGCCACAAUCUCACUCCAACUACAUCAAAUACACUCCGGGGGGUCUCAUCUACGCGACGCCAGGGUGCAACAUGCAAGACGUGACGGGUUUCUCUUUUCUUCUCCUCCUGUAUGCUCGGUAUCUCACGAACGUCUCGCGAACUCUCACCUGUGGCGGCUCUCAGUAUCCGCCCUCAGCUCUCAUAGACGUCGCCAGAAGUCAGGUGAACUAUCUCCUCGGACAAAACCCAUUCAACAUGUCGUAUAUGGUGGGGUACGGCACAAAGUUUCCUCAAAAGAUACACCACAGAGGAUCGACUCUUCCCUCGAUGGAUCAGCACCCGCAGCAUCUGUUGUGUGGAGACGGGACGCCCUACUUCGACAGCAACGCAUCCAACCCCAACUUGCUUAUCGGAGCGGUCGUCGGCGGGCCGAACGAUGGAACCGAUAACUUCGUGGACUCGAGAUAUUGGCCGAACCAAACCGAACCCACCACUUAUGUCAAUGCACCUUUGGUGGGUCUCUUGGCUUACUUCAGCAAAAAUUGA